AUGUUUGUGUUCCAGCUGUGGAGUGUGCCUACUGAUGGAACUAAGCUGCCAUCUUUGUAUUUAGGCAUCAAAACAGCUUUUGUCAGGAAACAGAGUGACACAGCAUUCAUAGCAGCUCACUGUGAAAUGAUCCCUAUUGAGUGGGUGUGCAGAAGAAUUGCCACUGGCUCCUUCCUCAAGAGAAACCCUGGUGUCAAAGAAGGAUACAAGUUUUACCCACCCAAAAUUGAGAUGUUUUACAAGGAUGAUGCCAAUAAUGAUCCACAGUGGUCUGAGGAGCAAAUAAUUGAAGCAAAAUUCUGUUUUGCUGGACUUAGUAUCGGCCAGACUGAAGUGGAUAUUAUGUCUCGUUCUACUCAAGCUAUUUUUGAGAUCCUGGAAAAAGCAUGGCAGCCCCAAAACUGUACUCUGGUAGACCUGAAGAUUGAGUUUGGUGUUAAUACGCUGACAAAAGAAAUUGUUCUUGCUGAUGUUAUUGAUAAUGAUUCAUGGAGACUGUGGCCAGCAGGAGACAGAAGCCAGCAGAAGGACAAACAGUCCUAUCGGGACCUGAAAGAAGUUACUCCUGAAGCAUUGCAAAUGGUUAAGAGAAACUUCGAGUGGGUUUCAGAGAGAGUGGAGCUGCUUCUGAAAACAAAGAGCCAAGGUCGAGUUGUGGUGUUGAUGGGAUCUUCUUCUGACAUCAGUCAUUGUGAAAAAAUAAAAAAGGCCUGUGCAACCUAUGGAAUUCCUUGUGAACUAAGAGUGACCUCUGCUCAUAAAGGGCCAGACGAAACCUUGAGGAUCAAAGCAGAAUAUGAAGGAGAUGGAAUCCCAACAGUGUUUGUUGCAGUAGCUGGCAGAAGCAAUGGUUUGGGGCCAGUGAUGUCUGGGAACACUGCUUACCCUGUUGUCAACUGCCCUCCACUCUCAGCUGACUGGGGUACUCAGGAUGUGUGGUCCUCUCUCAGACUACCCAGUGGUCUUAGCUGUCCUACUACUCUGUCACCUGAAGCAGCUGCCCAGUUUGCUGCCCAGAUAUUUGGGUUGAACAACCACUUGGUGUGGGCCAAACUGAGAUCAAAUAUGCUGAACACAUGGAUCUCCUUGAAGCAGGCUGACAAAAAACUUCGAGAGUGCUCCUUGUAAGUCACAGUAACAAGUAACUGUUACCAGUUACACAAAGAUGGAAUGUGUAUUCAUGCAUAUUAGGAUUCACAUUUGGAUGAGCUCAAAAGUUCUGCAUCAUUUCUUGCAGAAGAAAGCAUUGUUAGAGCAGAAGAUGAAGUCUGUGUCCUCAUCCUUCCCUUGUGUAUUUUUUUUAAUAUAAC